AUGUAAAUGAGCAGAGCAAAUGAAAGUAACUUUAGACGACCUGAUGAUCAUUCAGACUCUGUUUCUAUUGAGAGAUAAAAGACUUCAGGAGAAAUAGUUGGAAGGACCCUGUGGAGAGGCCAGUACCAGGUUCAUCUGACCACCCCCACUGUGGUAAAGGUUGCUGAGAGAGAUACCUGGACACAUCUGUCGCACUGCAGUUCCUGAUCCAGAAGAAGAUGGGGUCUCACCAGGUCUGGUGGUGCAGUGUGGCCCUCCUCUGCAUUAGCACAGGAGUGCUAAUAAGAACAGUAGGUUGUCCUACAGAGGGUGGGAUAAGUCCCGAGCCAAAGGGGCCAAUGCAGGCCCAGAGUAGUGGCCCAGAAGUAAAUGGUAAUAACAGGAGAAGUCCUAAGCCAAAAGGACCAAUGCAGGCCUGUAGUAGUGGCCCAGAAGGAGAUGGUAAUGACAGAAGGAGUCCUGAGCCAAAGGGACCAAUGCAGGCCUGUAGUAGUGGCCCAGAAGUAGAUGGUAAUGACAGAUGGAGUCCUGAGCCAAAAGGACCAAUGCAGGCCUGUAGUAGUGGCCCAGACGUAGAUGGUCAUGACAGAUGGAGUCCUGAGCCAAAGGAACCAACACAGGCUUGUAGUAGUGGCCCAGAAGUAGAUGGUAAUGACAGAUGGAGUCCUGAGCCAAAAGGACCAAUGCAGGCCUAUAGUAGUGGCUCAGACGUAGAUGGUAAUGACAGAAUGAGUCCUGAGCAUAAAGGACUAACACAGGCCUCUAAUAGUGGCCCAGAAGUAAAUGGUAAUAACAGGAGAAGUCCUAAGCCAAAAGGACCAAUGCAGGCCUGUAGUAGUGGCCCAGAAGGAGAUGGUAAUGACAGAAGGAGUCCUGAGCCAAAGGGACCAAUGCAGGCCUGUAGUAGUGGCCCAGAAGUAGAUGGUAAUGACAGAUGGAGUCCUGAGCCAAAAGGACCAAUGCAGGCCUAUAGUAGUGGCCCAGACGUAGAUGGUAAUGACAGAAUGAGUCCUGAGCAUAAAGGACUAACACAGGCCUCUAAUAGUGGCCCAGAAUUAGAUGGUAAUGACAGAUGGAGUCCUGAGCCAAAGGGACCAAUGCAGGCCUGUAGUAGUGGCCCAGAAGUAGAUGGUAAUGACAGAAGGAGUCCUGAGCCAAAAGGACCAAUGCAGGCCUGUAGUAGUGGCCCAGAAGUAGAUGGUAAUGACAGAUGGAGUCCUGCGCAUAAAGGACUAACACAGGCCUGUAGUAGUGGCCCAGAAGUAGAUGGUAAUGACAGAAUGAGUCCUGAGCAUAAAGGACUAACACAGGCCUCUAGUAGUGGCCCAGAAGUAGAUGGUAAUGACAGAAGGAGUCCUGAGCAUAAAGGACUAACACAGGCCUCUAAUAGUGGCCCAGAAGUAGAUGGUAAUGACAGAAGGAGUCCUGAGCCAAAGGGACCAAGAAGUAAUGGCCCAGAAGUAGAUGAUCAUCGUAGAAGGACAGCCCUCCUGCAACCUCACAAACAUGAGGACAAUUUGUUCUUAUCUAGAGCAGAAAUGGUUGCCAACCUGCCCUCCAAAGAAAAGGACUGUUGGGUGUGUGGGAUGGGUCCUGUUAAGGUAGGGGCAGGUUUGCCCCUUAUGGGAGUCCCAAUAGGAGUGAACUUUACUAUAGCAUUGGCAGGAAAAAUACCUUUUUAUACUAUGACCAACAAUGUUAAGGUAUAUAAUCAACCCAAUGUAUCCUAUUACUUGAGGCCUGGUAAUGUCUCAAUGCCGCCCAUUUCAGUGACUGGGGUGAUGACUGCCCCUUGGUGUAUUAGAGGAUAUGGAGAUCAUGAUUUGGGUGAAUUGAAAUGUAAUUGUACUAUGAAUCUUAAUGGAUCAAAUGCUUGCAAUUUAACAGUAAUACAGGAGAAUGGUCAGGCAGAUAAGGAACCUUUUAAAAUGUGGGUUGACAAACACAGCACAACUCUGAGAGGAGCCCCACAUGGCACCUAUUGGCUGUGUGGUAAGAUGGCUUACUAUAGCCUGCCCUCGAACUGGGGAGGUACUUGUACUGUUGGGUUUGUGGUGACAGCUAUGAGAACCGUUCCAAAUAAUCAGAGGGAUCUGAUGGCUCUGUUUAGAGACUACAAACUUCCUGGAAUGAGGCGAGAUAACGUCACUCACGCUGAUGUCACUCACGCUCAGACACCUGCCUCCAGGUUCUUUGGUGUGUUUUUCUCUGGGUAUGGAGUUGCAUGUGCCCUAGACCAAAUCCAUGACAUCUCUAGACACAUAGAGAACAUUGACAAUGCUAGUAGAAAUUCCCUGGAACAAUUGAAUGGGGAACUAAAAGAAAUGCUAAAGUUAUCUCUGCAAAACAGAGAGGCUCUUGACUAUCUUCUGGCAGGUCAAGGGGGCACUUGUGCAAUCAUUGGGGAUAAAUGUUGUAUUUUUGUUCUCCCAGAUCACUCUUCUAAUGUGACUGAUCUUGCAGAAUACAUUGCCACUGCGGCUUAGAAAAAUCCCCCCAAACCAGAGUGGAUGCUUGCAACUUGGUUGGAAUCCCUGUUUGGAAGUUGGGUUGCAGCGGUGGCUGGGCUGCAGCAUGUGUUUUCUGCUUGGUGUGCCUGAUUAUUAUUAACUGUCAGGCUGUAUCACCGCCUGGUACGGCAACUGCUCCGCCCACAACCGUAAGGCUCUCCAGAGGGUAGUGAGGUCUGCACAACGCAUCACCAGGGGCAAACUACCUGCCCUCCAGGACACCUACACCACCCGGUGUCACAGGAAGGCCAUAAAGAUCAUCAAGGACAACAACCACCCGAGCCACUGCCUGUUCACCCCGCUAUCAUCCAGAAGGCGAGGUCGGUACAGGUGCAUCAAAGCUGGGACCGAGAGACUGAAAAACCCUUCAUUACUCAUCUCAUAUGUAUACGUAUAUACUGUACUCUAUAUCAUCUACUGCAUCUUUAUGUAAUACAUGUAUCACUAACCACUUUAAACUAUGCCACUUUGUUUACAUACCCUACAUUACUCAUCUCAUAUGUAUAUACUGUACUCGAUACCAUCUACUGCAUCUUGCCUAUGCCGCUCAGUACCAUCACUCAUUCAUAUAUAUUUAUGUACAUAUUCUUUAUCCCUUUACACUUGUGUGUAUAAGGUAGUAGUUUAGGAAUUGUUAGUUAGAUUACUCGUCGGUUAUUACUGCAUUGUCGGAACUAGAAGCACAAGCAUUUCGCUACACUCGCAUUGACAUCUGCUAACCAUGUGUAUGUGACAAAUAAAUGUGAUUUUGAUUUGAUAUUGUCCUGCCAAUAACCCUGCUAAUAGACAAUUAUAUUGUUCUGCUAAUAGCCCUGCUAAUAGACAAUUAUAUUGUUCUGCUAAUAGCCCUGCUAAUAGACAAUUAUAUUGUUCUGCUAAUAGCCCUGCUAAUAGACAAUUAUAUUGUUCUGCUAAUAGACAAUUAUAUUGUUCUGCUAAUAGCCCUGCUAAUAGACAAUUAUAUUGUUCUGCUAAUAGCCCUGCUAAUAGACAAGUAUAUUGUUCUGCUAACAGCCCUGCUAAUAGUCCUGCUAAUAGACAAGUCUAUUGUUCUGCUAAUAGACAAUUAUAUUGUUCUGCUAAUAGACAAUUAUAUUGUUCUGCUAAUAGCCCUGCUAAUAGACAAUUAUAUUGUUCUGCUAAUAGCCCUGCUAAUAGACAAUUAUAUUGUUCUGCUAAUAGCCCUGCUAAUAGACAAUUAUAUUGUUCUGCUAAUAGUCCUGCUAAUAGAAAAUUAUAUUGUUCUGCUAACAGCCCUGCUAAUAGACAAGUCUAUUGUUCUGCUAAUAGCCCUGCUAAUAGACACGUAUAUUGUUCUGCUAAUAGCCCUGCUAAUAGACCAGUCUAUUGUUCUGCUAAUAGCCCUGCUAAUAGACAAGUCUAUUGUUCUGCUAAUAGACAAGUCUAUUGUUCUACUAAUAGCCAUAAUGGCACUGUACUAGUAUUUUCCAGUAGAGCAACAAUUUCUUUACCUUCAUUAGACAACUUUGUUCCAAUAUUUCUGUAAUUCAGUGAUAUUUAUUCCCAUAGUAAUUAAUGAUGUAUCCAUAACUAAGUAUACAGCUGCAUUUUGAAAGAGUAUUUGUAUCAUUAUUUUAUGAAGGAAAGCAUAAAGAUGCUGAUGGAGAAAUACAGUACAGCUUUAUACGACAUUUUGCGGUUGCAUGAGGUCACCCACACGCACUUUAAACAUCAGGAUAAUAAAGCAUUUCAUGUAUUUUGAAGAUA